UCGUGUAAUGCUGGGUACACAGGAGAUGGAAAACCUUGCAAAGGUAUUUGAGCAGGUAGAUUUAAUAUUAGUUAUUCUAACGCUUUACGUAACUUACGAUUCUCAUGCAGAUAUCGACGAGUGUUCUACCAACUCUCACAGCUGUGACGUUAAUGCGGUUUGCAGCAAUACUGUUGGAUCGUACGCAUGCGCAUGUAAAGCAGGAUUCACAGGCGAUGAAAAAACAUGCUCAGGUAAGCUGUUGCGGUGUUGUAAAAGAAAAAAAACGCUUCCAAAACGAUGUACGUGCGUGUAUUUUCUAUAUUCGAUCUUUACAUUUAAACAUGUAGAAAACGAUGGACAUAUAACUUUUAAUCAAUGGUUCGAAAUAAUAAUUAAAGUAAAACUAGAAUUACAUAUCUCGCCAAAUUUCACUAAACUCGGUCUUGUACAAUUGUCAAGCCCAGCCGGUUAGAAACUGAUUGGGUGACCAGGCUCUGAUCUAACCCUUUCUCUCCUGUCUUCUUUUCUGUUUCAUUAUUCUAUUUGAUUUUUAAAUGCGUAUUUUAAAGCAUAUUUAGCAUUAUUUGGGCUUAACAUCAAAUCAAAGGUAGAUUUUCGGGACGUUCAAGGUUUUUUCCGUAAAACCCAAACUGAAACGCACGUCCGACAAACAUAUCUUAACGAAAUUGAUCUUUAGUAUGCCAACUGAGCAAACAGGGUACUUUGCUGUUAUAAUUAAUUAAAAAUUCGCAUUGAAUCGUUAUGCAUUUCAGGAGGGAAAUUUUCUCCCUCGAAUACUCCCUCUUACUAUAGCUCGUUCUGCUAUAGAGCUAAGAGAAAGUCUCACCUAUAAGCUAUCUUAAGACGUUCUCGCCUUUUGAGAUUCUUUUCUUUCCAAUUGUGUUUAUUACGUGUAGUUCAAUGUUUCCCCCUCCGUUUAUAUGUAAGAAAGGCAUGAAAAAUCGGAUUACCUAUAGUAGUUAAGCAGGGUUAACGCAUAGAGAAAAUGUAAGUAAAUGACCUUUAGUUAUUGAUCCAGAGUUUGUUGCAUCACUAAACAAAAAGGCUUCCUCACUUUUUUCGCCAGAUAUCGACGAGUGCUCUACCAACUCUCAUAGCUGUGACGUUAAUGCGGUGUGUAAUAAUACUGUUGGAUCUUACGCAUGCGCAUGUACAGCAGGAUUCACAGGGGAUGGAUUCACAUGCACUGGUNGAGAAAAUGUAAGUAAAUGACCUUUAGUUAUUGAUCCAGAGUUUGUUGCAUCACUAAACAAAAAGGCUUCCUCACUUUUUUCGCCAGAUAUCGACGAGUGCUCUACCAACUCUCAUAGCUGCGACGUUAAUGCGGUGUGUAAUAAUACUGUUGGAUCUUACGCAUGCGCAUGUACAGCAGGAUUCACAGGGGAUGGAUUCACAUGCACUGGUUAGCCGUUUGAGUUUAAUUUCGUUUGUAUGAUAUGUUUGUUUUUAGAUUGAACAGCAACGACAGCAAUACGAGAGUCUUUUGUGCUCUCCUCGCUUUUUACAGUUAAAGUUUUGGUUUAGCAGAAGUUUAAAUUAAUUUUAGUAUUGACUGUAUGUAGUAAGCAAAUAAAAAAGCGGAGCCAAGCAGCCAGUUAAUAUCAUCGGAUACGUGGAACGAUGCUGAUUGUUCAAACCUACGAUCAUCUUUUUUAGGCCUAAUAAUAAACACACAAAAAAAAUUACUGAAUUCUGAUUGGCUGUAGAGAAAGGAGUGCAGUUCUUCUGUUACACGAGUGCAAAUUUGCAACACGAGUGCAGAUUACAAACGGUUUCUGAUUGGUUGAAAACAAAAAAGAAACCACCAAGAACCAAUCAGAUUAGAGCUGUUUUAAAAACAAAAUUUAAGAAAAUGGCCAUGGUUUUCAGCAAACAACGAUUUGAUUUCAUGUACGCAAAACAACAAUAGACUACGUUAACAAAAAUUCCAAAAACUCAAACACAUGAAAAGAACGUCUUUCUGGCUAAAUGUAUUGAAAAUGCGGUGCUAAGAGAAAAAAAACUGUCAACAAAAUCGAGGAAAAUGAGCCAGAGAAACUAAACAAGCUACUUAUAACAGACUACACUAAAGUAGAAAAUAAAGAACAAAAACGGUGGCAACCACACGCAAGCCAUGACAGCUCCACUAUUCAGGCAUUUUAAUGAACACGGAUACAAGUUUUUCAUGAUAACAACAAGGACUUCGAAAGAAAACAAAUUUCCUUCUUCCAUUUUGGGUUUUAAAUCUCAAAAAUUUCUCCAUGAAUCCAACUAUGAUGGGGUCUCAGGAAAAGACUAUCGGACUAUGAUGAACAGUCGUUAUAUAAACAAAUGAGCAAGUGUCUUUCAUCUUUGGCUGCUCGAAGUGUUCUCCUGAUUUCAAAACGGCAGUAUACUUCUUGUAAACGCCGAGCUCUCAUGAAUGAGGAUAAAUUUAAAAACACUUACUUUUGCUGAUUAUUCCGUGAACGGAAUGAAUCAUAGAAUGAAAAGAAUAUGAUGUGAACUGCUUCAAUUGCAAUAGCCAUUGCCACGAUCAUGUCGUUGUUAAUUUGCAAUUGAUUAAAUUGCAAUUGCCAUGCACUGCGACGAUCAUAUCUUUAUUUUUAUUUGUAUUGCCGCAGUUCACAUCAUCUUUAUUCUACGACAGAUCAAGUAUCUGUAAUUAGUAUUUAUGUAAUGAGAUUUACCAUAAGGUAAUAUGACCGGUAAAUAUUAUCUGUUAAAAAUUACUGGCAAUUUGACUGGUGGGACAAUUUUUCUCACAAGUAAGAAUUAUCGUAUAACCAAUCACAGGCCGCAGACGAAAAUCUUCACUAUUAAAACAUCGUAUCGGUUUUCGCGCCUUUCACUGUCCGCUUUCACUAAAAUAGUUACGUCGUCUUCGAUCGGGCACUUCAAGGUUCACAGAUUAAGUCUCACUCGAAGAAUUUCCCGAAGGACAAGAAAAGGAAAACACUAGAAAGAAAACUGAGCAGAAUAUUGCUCUAUUUAAGGAAUUUUUAAUGAUAAAAGGCGAGUCGAGUGUUUUUAGAAGAAAUUCCCCAAGCGAAUUUAUCAUGCAUCAGCGAAUAAGAAAACAACGAAGAUUAUAAGCCCCCCCCCCCCCUCCCCCUUCCCCUGAGUUCUUGGUAUGAUGUGGUUGCCAGAUUUGAAAGGUAUUCGAAGAGAAAAAUCACGACUACAGCAUUAUAAAAGACGUCACGAAUGGCCUUUUGGUCAAAACAAAACGGACAUGAGCUAGGCAAAGUCAACAAGCUGUGUCACUUUUCUCGGGUACUGUAAUUCAAGGAGGCCAAUUCAGAAUUUCAAUCAGCGCUUGAAUCAAUCCGUAACUGAGCAGUCCAAGAAUCUUCUCCAAAGAGGUGAUUAGUUGAAUUACAAAUCCACAAACUUAUGGCUUAAGCUCUUUUCUUGAAACUUUGUACAUGUUUGUACUUGGUACGUCUUUACGGUUCUGAACGUGUUUGCACAUUCUCACUGAACGUUCAAACUUGUAGUAUUAUGUGAGAUAUAGCUUUUAAAAUCAAGUUUUUUACUUCUUCUUGGAGUUAUCGAAAACAAAUUUAAACAUUUCAAAAAAUAUUGAAUACUGCAAUGUUGAUAGUAGGAAAUAUCUCUCUCUCCGCAAUCGUUAUGUUUGUAUUGAUUUUAUCUCGCGAUUGAUAGUGUAAAAGUACAAAUAAACUAAACUAUUUCUUAUAUUUCGAGUAAUUUUAUGUUCUCAGAUGUCGACGAGUGUUCUACCAACGAUCACAGCUGUCGUGACGCCAAUGCGGUCUGUACCAAUACUGUGGGAUCGUACGCAUGCGCGUGUAAAGCAGGAUACACAGGAGACGGGAGGACUUGCAAUGGUACGUUUGCUUGUUUUAAAAAUGAGCCAUUGUACAGCAAUUGCUGAGCCCUGAGCAGAGCUACAUAAAACCUACACUUUAGUAGUACUGUUUCAAAGAUCUUAAUGUCGAUUGAUUGAUAUUCUUGUAUCUUAGCAUUGAAAUUUAUUAUUGAGAGAGCUAUGCAAAGAACUCAUUUACUGUUAGAAAUGAGUUCUAUGUAAAAAGAAGUUCAAAAGCCUGCAUAUACUGUGUCGUCCUGUGAAACAUGUCUGAAGUUUAUCUGGUUUUAAACCCACUAUCCUCCAUCUGUUUAUAUGCGGCAUCAAUCGAUGGACUUAGUUUCCAAUAAGCAUCUAAUAGCUUUUUUUUUAUGAAUGCCGAAAAGUGAAUGUUUUUAAUGUCCUUCCACUAUAAAAUGCUCUUAAAAAUCGACACAAUGCAUCUAAAUACUAAAACCAGCCAUUACAUGAAGCCUUGAAAACGCCAAAAAUGUUUGAUACAUCAGCGCCCUGAAUCUCCAUUCGAUUGUAGAUGUUGAUGAAUGCACCAGCGGUUUACACAGCUGUCACAAGUUCGCUUCAUGUACGAACACCAUUGGGUCCUACAGCUGUUCAUGUCAACAGCAUUUCAAUGGAGACGGUAAAAACUGCCAGCACCCUGUGAGCGGUGAGUAUAGUUUUCAUCGGUCUGGGUUAGUUUAA